GCAAUGAUAUGUUGGAGGUGUCGAGUUAACGGUUUGGUGCAGCUAAAAGUGUACACUGUGGAUAUACUCAUACCUAGUCCUAGAGUCUUUCAAGACCUAUAUGCACUUUAUAGAGAUCUGCGCCCUUGUUCAAUAGCAUUUCUAGUCACAAUCGUGAACAGCAGGACAUCCUCGUCGGCGUGUACUGUAAAGGAGAACGACUUUAACGCAAUCAUAUGACCGCGGCGUGCAACUAUUUUAGCUAGUAAUAGUUAUUAUAUCAAAUUUAAUCCUAUUACGGCAAAGGUGAAAGACCGGUUCCAAGAUGUCUGUAGCGGGCUUCAAGAAGCAGUUUUAUAAAGCCAGCCAGGGGGCUAAGAGAAAGAAAUGAUGUGCGUUCUUCCUGAUUGGACUGCAAUGCAGUUUCAUAGGAGUCAAUAAUGCCUGACGCCAACAAGAAAUAGGACUCUCCCCUAUGGUCAGUGAGAAGGUCGGCGGUGCAGAGGGAACGAAACUGGAUGAAGACUUCAAAGAUUUGGAAAGGAAAGUAGAUGUGACCAGCAAAGCUGUGGUGGAGGUAAUCUCCAAAACCUCUGAGUACCUACAGCCCAACCCAGCGUCGCGGGCGAAGCUGUCUAUGUUGAACACAAUGUCUAAGAUCAGAGGCCAGGUGAAGAACCCAGGCUAUCCCCAGGCUGAGGGCCUGCUAGGAGAGUGUAUGGUCAAGUACGGCCGGGACCUAGGAGAGGAAAACAACUUUGGUGGGGCUCUAGUAGAUGCGGGGGAGACCAUGAAGAGGCUGGCGGAGGUGAAGGACUCUCUAGACAUAGAUGUUAAACAGAACUUCAUCGAUCCAUUACAAAACCUGUGUGACAAGGACCUUCGAGAGAUACAGCACCAUCUGAAAAAGCUGGAGGGAAGGCGUCUGGAUUACGACUAUAAGAAGAAGCGCCAAGGGAAGAUCCCAGACGAGGAGCUAAGACAGGCCCUGGAGAAGUUCCACGAGUCUAAAGAUGUGGCCGAGACCAGCAUGUACAACAUACUGGAGACUGACAUAGAGCAGGUGAGCCAGCUGUCGUCUCUGGUGGAGUCCCAACUGCAGUACCACAGGCAGGCCACACAGAUCCUGGACGAGCUCUCAGACAAACUCAGGGACAGGAUGAACGAGGCCCAGAACCGACCACGUCGCGAGUACACACCUAAGGCCAAACCCAUCUUUGACUUUGACAGUGACAACCAAUCAACCAAUGGUGGCUACACGACCUCAGUUGGCCCACCACCCUCCCGCAACUCAGUUUCAGAACAGCCAUGCUGUAAGGCCCUGUAUGACUUUGACCCGGAGAAUGAGGGAGAGCUGGGCUUCAAGGAGGGCGAUAUCAUCACCCUGACCAAUCAGAUCGAUGAGAACUGGUACGAAGGCAUGCUGCACGGCCAAUCAGGAUUUUUCCCUCUCAACUACGUGGAGAUUGUCGUCCCCCUGACAAACUAAAGAGUGCCUUAAGAGUACGUGAGAGAGGGAAUGAGGAGCCAGUUGAAUCUGUGGGAAAGAUCCUAGUGUCUUCGUCCUCAUCUUCACCAUCAUCACAGACGUACCUGUACUCUUUGGCAUGGUUUCAUCUUCACAUUUGAAGGAGGAAAAUGAUGGCUUCUCACAUUCCAUUUCAAAUAAAAAGAGAUUUGAAUAUGAUCCCCCUGCCCUACAAGCGAAUACGGAAGACUGACAUUCGGACACAGACAUGAAGAACCAGACUCAACCAGACUAACAUUUUAAAGUAACAUUUUCUGUCAACCACAGAUAUCUCUACAGAAAAUAGAAGUUUCAAAUUAAAUGUAUCAAACUUUAAAUGGUUAACAAUUUAUUAUUGAAUAUAAAGUUACGUACCUGUAAGUAGCAGAAGACAUUAACAUCUGCAGUUAGCUGGUUCUGACUGUAAACUAUACCACUUGUAAAGCCUUGUCUUUUUAUUUUUCAAAACAAAAAAUGUAUUUCACACAUCCCGCAUUUCUCCAAGUCCCACAUUUUAGUAUGGACUCUGCUGAAUAUUCGCCUUAUUUACAAGGCAAGUAUGUCGGACACUGCAACUGCACAGCCUUGCAAAUAGUGGCUUUUGUCUGGACUACAUCUCUUGAAGCCCCCUGCUGGCCAGGCUAACACAACCAUCCUCCUCAGUAAACAACUACAGCAAUGCCUUGUACUAAUGAUCCAUUUACAGUCAGUUGAUUUACAAAACGAUGUACCUUCUGUAUGCCUGAGCCACAGGAGAGCAUGAAGGGCCUCAGACAUGGUUUAGUUUUGCUAUGGUCUGCAUUUGAUUUGUUUUGGUCUAAGCCUCAUUUAUUGUUUUGUUUUUUAUGUACAGCUUAAACGGUUCAAUUGCACCUUGGUCCUCCAAUGAGAUUGUUGAUGUAUGUGUGAGGGACUGUGUAAGUAAUGUGUAGUUGGAGGCCUCUACUGAAAGGAUGUUCAAACCCAGACCGUCAGAGACUGAAGCCCCUGAGGAGAAAACUGUUUGAUUUUGGGUCUAGUUAACAUUUUCCCCCAGGGACUACUGGACAUUGUGACGUUAGCAACAUUCGGGGCCUGUGUGUUUUUAGUUUUCCUGUCUGUCCAUCUGUUCAAUAGAGGAAACACAGCUAAAAAUGCCAAAUAGAAUAGAGUACAUGGUGUGUGAACUGUAUGUGAUCUGGUGAGGUGGGGGUUUUAGGUGUGUCAUCAUAGUGCCAGUCUGUUCAGCUUGUCCUUAGAACCUCAGCUUGCACAUCCAUAGACAACAACGCUGCUGGCAGUGUCUCCGUCUGUCUCCCACAUAGUGCACAUAAACGUGGGACUCUUUUCAGAUGCAUGUGUGAGACUGUGAAGUUCUUUAGGAUCAGGAAAUCUCAUUCAUUCACGUCUGUAUUAAGUAUUAUUUACUUCUUUGUUGGUUAUCACAAGGGUUAUCUCCCCAGGGCUAUCUCCCUGGGUCUCGUAGGAGGAGGGGUUGGUGUGUGCUGCUGGACAGGACUGCAUACGGUGUCAAAUAUAGUAAAUACUGAAUGAGGAAAUGACUGGGAAACUGAAUAAUAAUAUAUGGUUAUUUUAUUUGUGAUGAUGGUUCUGUUAGGAAAAGCCCCUGCUACCAAGAUGCAUACUGUCAGAGCUUAAAGACCCUCUAUGAUUUAUAGUUGUGGAUAUGAUUGAGUCACACAUGCUGCAGUGCACUUUUUCAUUCACAUAUUUCUCUCCCCUCGGUGUUAGUCCAGGCUAACUUUAGCUACUAUUCUCUCUUCCAGCCUGCUCCCUCCAUCCACCACUCUGCUCUGUCUCUCACAUCACCUCCUCUCUGGUGUUAGAGCUCUCCCAUAUGUUUACAGGCCUGAGUUCUGUUCAUUUCAAUGACAGAGUGCAGUGGUGGACUGAUACAGAGCAACCUGGUGCUGACUGGAUCACAUACCAAUAAGAGUCCAAAACAAACAAACAUAAUUUAUAGUUAGGGGUGCUUCAGUGCCUUUGGGAAAGACAUUAGGAAAAGACUAAUACAACCAACCAAAAUAACCAAGCUACUUACUAUAGUCAUGAAUUUCUGUAGUAAGGGUUCUGUUCAUUUCCAGCCUUGGCACUUUGCUGUGUACAGACAGUUGUGCAUGUGUACACUUGCUUUUGUGACACACUACACUUUUUAAAAAGGGCAAUUUCUGUCUAAUCUGUUGGAGAACCAGAAUUAUCACUUGAACUAAAAAAGAUAAUUCUGGCACUCAAUGGUAUUACUUUUUACAUACAAAACAUUCACACAAAAAAUAUUUGAAAUUCAUCUUUGCAUGUAGGUCUACCAAAUACCUUGUAAAUGUAUGUAUUUAAUUUUGUUUUCUUUUUACUUUUGGUAUGUCAUUGUAUGGUAUUAUAAAAACAUAUUUGUACUUGCUUUUUCUUGUUUUCUGCCUUCUACCAUCUUUGAAUAAAUAAAUGUCACCCAAGCAUUUU